AUGAAAGAAGCUCUCGUGGAUCUGGAAAGCGCUGCUUACCCCCGGGUGUCUAUCGUGGACUCACCGAUUCCCACCCCAGCCGCAGAUCAAGUAGUGAUCAAAGUGGUCGCUGCUAGCCUUAAUCCCAAGGACUACAAGCAUAAAAGCCACGGCAUUAUUAACCAAGGUGACGACAUCGCUGGUAUAGUUCAUCUGACGGGCGAAAAUGUCACCGAGUUCAAGGCCGGCGACCGCGUGGCGGCUUUCCAUCAGAUGGGCACUCCUCAUGGCGGCUUCGCUGAAUAUGCGGUGACUUGGGCACGCACGACUUUUCAUAUACCGGAGAAAACCUCCUUUGAAGAGGCAUCAACUAUUCCGCUUGCUGGAUUGACUGCCGCCCUGGGGCUUUAUCAAAGCCUCCGAUUGACGCCUCCCUGGCUCCCGGAGACAGAGCCCCAUCCUUUGGUCGUAUACGGGGGCGGCUCCGCCGUCGGGGCCUUCGUGAUCAAACUGGCGAAGCUGUCCAACCUCCACCCGUUGAUCGUGGUUGCCGGCAAAAGUGGCUCGCAGAUAGAAACCCUUCUGGAUCGUUCCAAGGGCGACGUUGUCAUCGAUUAUCGCGAAGGCGACGCGGCCGUGGUGAGAAAGCUGCGCGCGGCGCUGAAUGGAAGACCGCUCCUUCACGCAUUCGACGCUAUCACCGAGUUCAACAGUUAUCAGAACAUUGCGCAGGUCAUCGACCCCCAGGCCGGGCGCGUUACCACCAUUCAGCCCGUUCGAGAAGACCGAGACAAAUUUCCAGCGGCUGUCGACGUUUCGUUCACUUUUGUGGGCCGAGUGCAUGGCCCUGUCCCGGAGAAGAAGGAAGGAAGGGUAGUUCUGAGAGAGCGAGAAUUUGGCGCCGUCUUUUCCAACUUCUUUGGCCAGGGCUUGAGAGAUGGGUUCUUGUCUGGACAUCCUUGGGUGACCGUACCCAGGGGUCUAGAGGGAUUGGAGAAGGCAUUGGGAGAAUUGAAGGAUUGGAAGUCGAGCUACUCCAAGUAUGUGGUGCGCAUUGCGGACACGCCUGGCGUUCAGGGGUGA